AUGUCAUUAGAACAAGCCAUUGGACAAGCUGAACAAUUGAUUGAUCAAGGUCAACAUAACCAAGCAGUUGGUGUUUUAAGUCAAGCUUUAGGUUCAGGAUCAUCUCCAAGAGCGUUAAUUACUCGUGCAGUUGCUCAUAUCGGUAAUAAUGAUCAUGAAAGAGCUGUUGAAGAUUUGAAAGAAGCUUCAAAUCAAAACCCAUCACCUCAAGAAAGUUCCAAGAUUGAUGAAUUAAUUGAAUACAUUUCACAUCAUGUUGUUAAUAACUUGGAUUCAACAAAUUCAAGAGAUUUAGGUGAUUCAAAUUCAAGAGAUAUUUCAGGUACUUUAUUAAAUGGAUUAUUAAGUGGUGGUUCUUCAGGUGGAUCAAGUCAAUUUGGUAAAUUAGCACUUCUAGCCUCUGUUAUGGGUGGCUCUAAAACAGGUUCUGGUGGGUUCAGUGCUUCAUCAUUAGCAGGCUUAUUAGGUGGUAGUAGUGGUGGUGGUUCAUCAGGUGGAUUGAGUUCUUUAAUUUCACAAUUUGGUAGUGGUGGUAGACCUCAACAACAACAACAAAGUUCUGGUGGGUUAGGUAGGUUAUUAUCUGGUUUAGCUGGUGGUUCAAGUGGUGGUAGACCAAAUCAAGGUGGUAACGGUGCCGGUGAUUACUAUGGAGGUUCAGGUAACUCUCAAAGUGGUGGAUCAGGAUUAGGUGGUUUAUUAGGCUCUCUUGCUGGUGGUUCAAGUGGUGGUCAACAUGGUAGUCAAGGUGGUUAUGGAGGCCAACAAGGUAGUUACGGUGGUGGCUACGGUGGUGGUUCUUCAGGUGGUUCAGGCCUUGGCGGCUUACUAGGUUCACUUGCUGGUGGUUCAAGUGGUGGUCAACAUGGUAAUCAAGGUGGUUAUGGUGGUCAACAAGGUGGUUAUGGUGGAUCAUCAUCUGGUGGAUCUGGAUUAGGUGGAUUAGGUGGUAUUAUAAACCAAUUUGCUGGUGGAUCUCAAGGUGGUAACCAUGGUGGUAACCAAGGUGGUCAAGGUGGUUAUGGAGGCCAAGGUGGUUAUGGUAAUAAUCAAGGUGGUUAUGGUGGUAGAUAUUAA